AUGGCGUACAAUAUCAGAAAAGUUCUCGACCAGUUGCAACACCGUCAAUGCUACCUCCCGUCGUCCCCAAGCUCCGUCAGCUCGACCAGCUGUGACGCAGUCAGUCUUACUGCCCGUUGUCCCCAAGCUCCUUCAGCUCGACCAGCUGUGACGCGGCAGUCUCACUGCACGUCGCCCCCAAGCUUUAUCAGCUCGACCAGCUGUGACGCCGUACGACCUACUGCCCUUCGUCGUCCCCCAGCUCCGUCAGCUCCACCAGCUUGUGACGCCGUCAGGCCUUCUGCCCGUCGUCCCCCAGCUCCGUCAGCUCUACCAGCUUGUGACACCGUCAGACCUACUGCCCGUCGUCCCCCAGCUCAACCAGCUGUGACGCCGUCAGCCUUACUGCCUGUCGUCCCCCAGAUCUGUCAGCUAUACCAGCUGUGA